AUGAAAAAUUGCAAUGCAGCUGUAUUAGAGAGCAUGGACAUAGAUAUGAAAAAAAUAGAAAAGCCCUACAAUAAAAUCAAAAAAAGGUUAAAUAAAGAAUCCGUUCAAGGCCUAGCAGAAAUGUCUUUGGGCCUAGACGAACCAGAAGAUUUUUCUACUAGAGAUGGAGUAUAUGCCAAAACAUGUAUUGGAAUAGCAAGUGAUGUAUAUAAAUACUUUAUUUUACCCAUGAUGCUUUACUAUAGUAUAAUGAUCAUUGCAAAAGUACCUUUUGUUAUAUUUAAUGGUGUAGCAGCAGGUAGAGAUAUUGCUCCAGAUAGAAGAAUCGCAUUAAAAUCCCAAUUUGAUGACUUUCCUCUUUUAACUUCUAUAUUUAUGCUGUGGGGCAUAAUAGUUUACGCUGUAGGCACUAUUAGGUAUAUGACAAUUUGGAGAAGUAAAUUAUUUGUGAACUCAUACACUAUGUCUAAACCGUGUGCAUUGCUAUUGGAUAGUUUAUUUAUUGGGUUAAUUGUACUUUGGGGAUUGGCAAGCUCAGUUCUUAAUUCUGGAUAUAGUUUUGUCAUAGAUUUAUUAGUUUUUGUGGCAAUGCAUAUAUUCCAGCUUAUAGUAGGAGUUAUAUAUAAGUGCAUAAAUACAAAUAAGAACAAUGAUCUGUCUUUUUCUAGCUUUACUGGAUCACGCUUCCAUGUAGGAUUUAGUAUAACACACUGUAUAACAGCAAUUAUACUUUGUUCUAUCUUUAUUGUAAUAAUGCCUCAAUCACUAGAGUCAUUAAGCAAUUCAGCAUAA